CUGGGCCUGCGGGCGGUGAGAGUGACCGGGUCCGGCUCCCCCGCACUUAUAUGCCCCGUCCCCUGGCGGCCGCCUCCCCCUCCUGCUCCAUGUGGGGCCCGGGCCGGGGCCUCGGUGUCUCCCCCGCCUACUAUGGCCAGGAAAACAGUUAGCAGGAAGCGGAAAGCGGCGGCUGCCACUGCGGCGGCGCCCGGAGGGCUCCGGGGGGAGCAGUAUGGCUGGGAUCACUCAGCUCACAAAAGGAAAAGACUCCCCCCAGUAAAAAAGUCUCUGGUGUACUACCUGAAAGGCAGAGAGGUUCGGCUGCAGAAUGAAUCCAGCUACCACCGUUUGUUGCAUGGAUAUGCAGCACAGCAACUUCCCAGUCUCCUGAAAGAGAGAGAAUUUCAUCUUGGGACCCUUAAUAAAGUUUUUGCGUCUCAAUGGUUGAACCACCGACAAGUGGUGUGUGGGACAAAAUGCAACACACUGUUUGUGGUAGAUGUCCAGACUGGUCAAAUUACGAAGAUUCCUAUUCUGAAAGACCGAGAACCUGAUAUGGUAAACCAGCAGGGCUGUGGUAUUCAUGCAAUUGAGCUAAACCCUUCGAGGACGCUCUUGGCUACAGGAGGAGACAAUCCAAACAGCCUUGCGAUUUAUCGUCUGCCUACACUUGAUCCCGUCUGUGUGGGAGAUGAUGGACACAAAGACUGGAUAUUUUCUAUUGCCUGGAUCAGUGAUACUAUGGCUGUUUCUGGUUCCCGGGAUGGCUCGAUGGGUCUCUGGGAGGUGACAGAGGAUGUGCUGACUAAAAGCGAUGCCAGGCACAACCUCUCUCGAGUCCCUGUCUAUGCUCACAUAACACACAGGGCACUGAAAGAUAUCCCCAAGGAGAACACCAAUCCAGACAAUUGUAAAGUCCGAGCACUGGCAUUCAACAAUAAGAACAAGGAGCUAGGAGCUGUGUCCCUGGAUGGGUACUUUCAUCUUUGGAAAGCAGAGCACACGCUAUCAAAGCUACUUUCCACCAAGUUGCCAUACUGCAGGGAGAAUGUGUGUCUGGCCUAUGGUCAGGAGUGGUCAGUGUAUGCAGUAGGAUCUCAAGCACAUGUCUCCUUUCUGGAUCCAAGGCAACCUUCCCACAAUGUUAAGUCCGUCUGUUCCAGAGAACGAGGCAGUGGUAUUCGGUCAGUGAGCUUUUAUGAGCACAUUAUAACAGUGGGAACAGGGCAGGGUUCCUUGUUGUUUUAUGACAUCCGAGCCCAAAGGUUCCUGGAUGAAAAGCCCAAUCACACCUGCCGUGGACAAAAACAGAAACUCGGAGGAAGUGAAAUUUUAAAGUUGACGACCGGGAAAGGCUGGCUUAAUCAUGAUGAAACCUGGAGGAAUUACUUUUCUGACAUUAACUUCUUCGCAAACGCUGUUUACACCCACUGCUACGACUCGUCUGGAACGAAACUCUUCGUGGCAGGAGGUCCCCUUCCAUCAGGACUCCAUGGGAAUUAUGCUGGUCUCUGGAGCUAAUGAGAACUCUUCCCAAAUGCCCAUCUUGACGCUGAUUUCCACCUUGUCUUUCCUUUUUAACAAAGAAAUUGUGUGAUGACAUUGUUUUCUGGUUUAAAUGCAAGUUAUUUUUGGCAGAGUUUUCUGUUGGUCUUCAACAGUUUUGUACAUUUUUUUUUUUUAACCAGAUUUUGCUUUAACUUUCUUGAUCCUUUAUAUGAAGGGUUUUUUAAAAUCCCUUUUUAUUGUAUUUACUCCAAAUGACUCUUCCCUGUAUAGGCUUAACUCAGCCAUAUGCCCCCUACUUUGCUGUGAGGUAGGAUUCCUUUCUUAUAGAGUGGUUGCUGCCAGGCUUUCUGUGAAAGUCCAGGGGCUGUGUGUAUGCAGGUACUUUGUGUCGGUUAUGUUACCUGGAGUGAGGACUACUUGUAAUUAAAAAUAUUAAAAAUA